UGAAAAGCAAAACUUGCGGGUCGUGUGCAGAAGCCGGUUGUUGUUGCUGUGUUGGUUGUAUCGCGUCUAUCGUGCGAUUUGUCUAACGUGGGUGCGUCGAGGCGUCAAGGAGCAUCGAGUAGCAGCAGUAGCAGUACUGGGGUUAGUAGCUUAGUAGCAUUUCUGUACUAGCUGUUGUUGUGGGCUGUCAUCAUGUCGGCGGGAGGACCAAGCGAUGCCACCCAGGGCAAGCCCAUUCAGUGCAAGGCUGCAGUUGCCUGGGAACCUUCAAAGCCACUUACAAUCGAGACUGUUGAAGUCGCCGUGCCAAAGGAGAGAGAAGUCCGCAUCAAGGUUCUGCACACGGGUGUCUGCCACACAGAUGCUUACACUCUUGGAGGCUUGGAUCCUGAAGGUGCAUUUCCUUGCAUUUUAGGCCACGAAGGUGGUGGCAUUGUUGAGAGUGUUGGGCCCAAUGUCAAGGGCUUCAAGCCAGGAGAUCAUGUUAUUCCACUGUACAUUCCCCAAUGCAAAGAGUGCAAGUUCUGCAAGAACCCCAAGACGAACUUGUGUUCCAAAAUUAGGACAACUCAGGGCCGUGGUCUCAUGCCUGAUGGUACAACACGCUUUACAUGCAAAGGAAAGAGUAUCUAUCACUUUAUGGGCACCAGUACUUUUUCUGAGUACACUGUGGUGGCUGACAUCUCCCUCUGCAAGAUUGAUCCUGCUGCUCCUCUAGACAAGGUGUGCCUGUUGGGCUGUGCUGUGUCCACGGGGUAUGGUGCUGCCCUCAAUGUUGCUCGUAUCACAAAAGAUAGCACUGUAGCCAUCUGGGGACUGGGUGCAGUUGGCCUCUCGGUUGCCAUGGGUGCCAAAGAACGUGGUGCCAAAACCAUCAUUGGGAUUGACAUCAAUGAAGCCAAAUUUCCUAAAGCCUUGGAGUUCGGCUGCACGGAGUGCAUCAACCCAAACAAGUUGGCUUUGCCCAUUACCCAGCACCUGAUUGAGAAGACAGAUGGUGGUCUUGACUUUACCUUUGAGUGCAUUGGCAACGUUGACACCAUGAGGAUUGCCCUUGAAUCAUGCCACAAGGGCUGGGGUGAGUCUGUUAUCCUGGGUGUGGCAGCAGCUGGAAAGGAAAUCUCCACAAGACCCUUCCAACUGGUCACUGGCCGCGUGUGGCGUGGCUGUGCUUUUGGAGGAUGGAAGAGUGUCGACCAAGUUCCUGAGCUUGUGGACAGGUACAUGAAGAAGGUGAUUAAGCUGGAUGAAUUUGUGAGCUACACAAUGCCACUGGAAAAGAUCAACGAUGCCUUCAAGUUUAUGCAUGAUGGUCUUGCAAUCCGUUCUGUCGUUAACCUCUGAGGCUGCAGCAGCAAAAAGGGGCACAUUCUUCGGUUUAUUCCAAUUUCGUACUGAAUGCAGGAUUUUUUUAUCACUGUGUCACAGAGCACCAGGCUACUUGGUGUCACAGCUAAAAAUAAGCAGAAGCCACACCCUAAGUUCUGCUGUAUUCUGUUCCUUGUUGUGCUUCACUGAUUUUUAUCCAUCCAAUGCAUGGUCCUUGCUUUAACAGUCCUUGCUAUGUGGCCAUAAGCAGACCUCUUCAUUUGCCGUGAGACAGACUCAGACAAGUAAAUAAAUAAACUUUAUUUUCUCUAAA